UUGGUGCUGGGGCGACGCUGAGCUUGGAUGACAUCCUUGAGAGCCAGGUCCUGUUGACAGUCAGAAAAAAGAAGAAGGUGACAGCCAACUAUCACAUCGAGCCUGUGGUCAUCUGUUCAUCUCUACAUCAUCACCUGCCAGCUGUCCACUGAGUUAAAAGACGUCUCAUCAGGGGACAGAUAGGAAAGCCGGCACUUCCAGACAGCUUUCGUACAGCAGAAAAGCAGUGACUUCACCUUGUCACCUCUAGUGCACCCUCUUCUCACACUUUCUCUCCUUCCUGUCCAGUCUUUGUUCUCAGGUGUGUUUCCGGCCUGUGAGCAGUGAUGGGGGACUGGAGUCUCCUGGGGAAUUUCCUAGAGGAGGUCCAGGAACACUCCACCUCGGUUGGGAAGGUCUGGCUCACCGUCCUCUUCAUCUUUCGCAUCCUGGUGUUGGGCACGGCAGCUGAGUCCUCCUGGGGUGACGAGCAGAGCGAUUUCCUGUGCGACACUCAGCAGCCCGGUUGCACCAACGUGUGUUAUGACAGCGCCUUCCCCAUUGCCCACAUCCGCUACUGGGUGCUACAGAUUGUGUUUGUCUCCACGCCAUCCUUAAUCUACAUGGGCCACGCCAUGCACAUUGUGCGCAGGGAGGAAAAGCUGCGGAAGAAGGAGCAGGAGGAAAGGGAGGAGAGAGGAGAAGGUGGAGGAGACCUGGAGGGGGAGAAGGAGUACCUCCAGCAGAAGGAGAGCGGAAAAUUUAUGUCGUCCGAUGGUGCUGGCCGCAUUCGCCUGAAAGGAGCACUGCUGCAGACUUACAUCCUGAGCAUCUUGAUCCGAACAGUGAUGGAGGUGACAUUUAUAGUGGUGCAGUACAUGAUCUAUGGGGUGUUCCUCAGGGCGCUGUACCUGUGCAAGUCCUGGCCCUGCCCCAACCCCGUCAACUGCUACAUGUCCCGGCCCACAGAGAAGAACGUCUUCAUCAUCUUCAUGCUGGUGGUGGCUGGUGUGUCUCUGCUGCUCUCUGUGUUGGAGCUCUACCACCUCGGCUGGAAAAGCGCCAGGAGGUGUUUACGCAACAGGGCGGCGCAGAAGAGUGAAAACAAAGCUGUGACAGUGGCCGUGUCUGCAGCCUUGGAGCCCAGCACCCCGCCUCGCCCCUCGGCCUCUUGCACCCCACCGCCUGACUUCAACCAGUGCCUGGCAGCCCCGAGCUCCAUGAACGCCAUGACUUCUAUGGCCUCUCAUCCCUUCAACAACAGGAUGGCGCUGCAGCAGAACUCGGUUAACCUGGCCACCGAGCGGCAUCACAGCUGUGACAACCUGGAGGACGAUGAAGACUUCCUGAGGAUGAGAUACGACCAAGCGGCCACAGAGCUGCCCAACAGCUGCGCCCCGUCGCCUCUGCUGCACUCUGGCUUCAUGAAGGACAAACGCCGCCUGAGCAAGACCAGUGGGAGCAGCAGCAGGGCUCGCCAGGGUGACCUGGCAGUAUAGACAACCAGAAAAAGUGGCUGACAAAGUGGGGCAGGCCUUCAAAACCAGGGUGAAGGGACAGAAAGGCACAAAAAGUAGUUUGACUGUCAUAACUGAGUGAUGGUGUCGGAGCGUGAGGCUUUUUAUGCAAAACGGCAUUGAAGCCGAAAACUUGACCACAGCCUAGGAAAUGGUAUAAAUGCAACUUUGGAACGAGACACUGAGAUGUGUGGAGUGGACCAUGUGAACUUGAAGUGUGUGAGCUUUGUUAGCAGAUAGUGUUUGUGAACCAAUCUGUCCCAGAGCUCGACUGACAACCAAACUGCAAAAGAAAAAUAAUUUUGAGAUGAGAACAGGGUAACAGGUGUGAAACCUGACUAUUGCACAUUAUGUUUUCGUUAAACCGUUUAAGCCAAAAACUAAGAGAGGUAAAGAUAUUAUUCAGUGAGAAUAAAGGUGUGAGAUGACUUCGGAAAACCAUUUCUUAAAAAAGCAAAUUAAAAUGGACAUAAAUCUAUUCAUUUGAUUAAUGGUUGUUACUUUAAAGGGGCAAUGUGUAAUUCGUGGCAACACACUCCAAAACAAUAGGGUGCAGCAUUUCACCCUGUG